AUGGCAACUGCGGGCGUGGAGCCGGUUUCUUUCACGCCAGAUCGCAAACACAGCCCUUUGCGCUUGAUUUUUGCUGGCUCGCUGGCGGGUGCGGUCGAGGCGGCCGUCACCUAUCCCUUUGAAUUUGCGAAAACACGGGUGCAACUCAAUCGUAGCCUGCCAAGUGCGCAGAAACUCGGCUGGCCGCCCUUCCCAUCUCGCGAAUGGUAUGCCGGCUGCACCACCUUGAUGGUCGGGAACUCCCUCAAAGCUGGCAUCCGUUUUGUUGUGUACGACGCCUACAAAAGUCUCCUUUCGGACAGAAAUGGUCGGAUCUCGGGACCUGGAGCAAUCUUGGCUGGCUUCGGUGCCGGCUUCACGGAGUCUCUCCUUGCUGUGACGCCAUUUGAAAGUAUCAAGACGCAGUUGAUAGAUGAUCGAAAACGAGCUCAACCUCGCAUGAAAGGCUUGAUCCAUGGGAGCAUAGUGAUUGCCAGAGAGAAAGGUCUCGCCGGGUUCUUUCAGGGUCUGGUGCCGACGACCGCGAGACAAGCUGCAAAUAGCGCCACAAGAUUCGGAACCUAUGGCACCCUACGGCAAUUGGUCGAGGGCCGCUAUCCUGGACAAAAGCCGUCUUCAAUCACGACGUUCGGAAUAGGCGGGAUUGCCGGAGUGGUCACUGUCUAUGUCACAAUGCCUCUCGACACGAUCAAGACUAGAAUGCAAAGUCUCGAGGCACGCACAGAGUACAAGAACAGUGUCGAUUGCACAAUCAGCAUCGCUCGAAAAGAAGGCGUAUUGGUGUUCUGGGCCGGGGCUCUGCCGCGACUUGGUAGGCUGACGCUCUCUGGCGGAAUUGUGUUUACCAUUUACGAGAAGACGUUGGAUCUGAUGGAAAAGUUUGAUAGCAGGAGCCAGUAUCUCUAA